CUUCGCCAAUAAAGGUAGCAUUUGCAACAGGACUAGGCAUCGGUCUGUUUUUUAGGUACUCCGGACGAAAUAUACGGGAUAGGGCAGCUGGAUUUGCAUCAGGUGUGAAGGAACGGCUGACAUGGCGAAGUGUUUCAUUUCAACUCGACGGUGACUUUAAAAAGGCCAUGGAAGAUAUGCUUGAGAAAGUAUCACCUUUUUUUGCAAACGACAACGAUCUAUUUUCUGGACUGAGACGAUUUAUGAACUGUCAAACAGAAAUGGCAUGGGGCGAUGUUAGAGGUCUAAUGGAAGCUGUUGCUCCGAGCUUGAUGGCAGGCUAUAACAACCGUCAAUUAAAAGUGGCGAACUUUUUUCAAAGGCCAUUGAAUUUCUCAAGGACUCCGAAAAAGUCCGGGACGAACUAGACGGACAAGUUAAUG